AUGUCAGUCAUUGUUUCUCUUUCACUCGACAAUGGUAUAGCAUGGGUUGAGAAAUCAUACGCAUGGGGAUUUUUCAUUUAUGUAUAUGGGCAAUGUCCGACUAAUGGUCAUUGUAAUUAUGGAAUAUGUUCUUAUGGUAACUGCACAUGUAACACUAGAUAUACCGGUAUCUGGUGUGAUCGAUGCUCUGAUGGCUAUUUCGGUUUUCCUUAUUGUUAUAAUUGUUCAUCGGAUUGUGCUAAUAAUGGAACAUGUGUGAAUGCUACAUGUGUGUGUGCAGAAGGAUUCACCGGUAUUCGUUGCACUGAAUGUCAGUUUAAUUUUUAUGGCCCACGGUGUACAAAUACGACACAGUUGGUCAGUAUUCAACCGACUUAUGUCACUGAUCUAUCUGCGCGUGACGGAAUUAAUAUCACAUUAAUUGGAGGUCAUCUUUACUUUUCAUCGUUGGCUAAUGUUAUAUGUCUGUUUCAAGCAUCGACAAACUGGACAGUUCCUGCAAUAAUUGGUAACACUUCGAUAGUCAUUUGUAGACUUUCCAACUAUACUCAACGGACGUCAGUCAUUAUUUCUCUUUCACUUGACAAUGGUAUAACAUGGGUUGAGAAAUCAUACUCAUGGGGAUUUUCAAUUUCUGUAUAUGGACAAUGUCCAACGAAUGGUUCUUGUUCUCGUGGACAAUGCCAUUUAGGUGGCUGUGAAUGUUCGAUAGGUUAUGAUGGUUUCUUUUGUGAUCAAUGUGACUUAAACUAUUUUUGGUUAAUCCGGUCUUGGUGGUGGGGGUGGUUUGAAACUCGUGAGUGUGUUAGUUGCUCUGAACAAUGUCGAAAUAAUGGCACAUGUGCUAAUUCAACAUGUAUUUGUCAACAUGGUUUUACUGGCCAAGCAUGCGAUAGAUGUGAAGCAAAUCGAUAUGGUGCUCAUUGUUUACCGUAUCCAGUAAUACAAUCAGUUGAUCCACCAUUAAUCAAUGAUAUUGGUGGCAUUAACAUAACACUUUAUGGCGUAAAUUUUAAUUCAAGUGAGUAUAGAGGGUUUCGAUCUUGUAAAUUUUUUCCUGAUACACAACGUUUAAAUGCAUCGAUUACUGAAGCCGUAAUUGUAAACGAUUCAAUAUUAAUUUGUCUAAUACCUGUAAAUCAACUUGUUACUACAGUUCAAUGGUUUCUGCGAUUGAUGAUUAACGGAACAGAGCAAGACUAUUCAACAUUUAAUUUACAGGUUAGAUUCUUAAUUCUAGGAUCUGAGAAAAAAGCAAUACAAUAUUUUUUUUCUCCUUUAGCUGGUUAA